AUGCAUUUGUCAAUGGAUACUCUGGGAAUAGUGGACGAUGGUUGCUUGGACAACUAUGACAUUGCAAAAGGUGCUGGGUCAAGCGGUGGAGGAAGGGUCCAUAGCAUCGAUGUUAUACUGGGAUUCAGCAAAGACCAGGACCCGUUACUUCAUUCAGUGGGAGAGGAUGACAGCCAAAAGAACAACGUAGAAAACCCGCAGCAUCCUGAGAAGCAUCACCCGUCAGACCCCUAUGGGCAUCUCCCUGAACUGGGUGACGGCUCCCAACACUCCUCCUACCACGGUGAGUCUUUUAGGAAGAAAAACUCCAGUCGGCCACAAAAACUAUCAUUUCUCCAGGAUCACAACAACUUCAGGGGAUUUUGUCUUUAACUGCGCAACAAGUGUAAUUAGAGCUGUGCUGUGUUUGGCAGAGUCCCAGUAAAACACAGUAGUCCAGUUUUUCCAUGUUUUGAACUCGUGCCCUUCAUUUAAGAGUUUGAGACUCUUAACACCUAACAGACGUAAGACGCUGGCCAAAAUGACCCCAGUGUCCAAUAUUAAGUUAGAUUUGUUCACAAGAGUAAAAGCUACACUGUUAAAUCUUUCCACUUGAAACUUUUUCUUCAUUUCACAUAGUGAGUGAAAACUCACCAUUCCAACUGAUCAGUUGUAUACUGUGCGCGUGCCUUUUUAUGUGGAGCUGCCAUACCUUUAGAUUUAAUCAAAUGUAGUCAAAUAAAAUAUCUAUAAAAAAUUCAAUUUUAUCAGGUUUUUCAAAUAUUUCUUGCCUUGGGCAAACAUCUUAUUACUAACAUGAUUUACGUUAAUUUAUUAAAAUGUUGUAGUGCCAGGGCCUUGGUUUUGUGCAUGCUUGCUUCUUGGUCAAGUUAAAGGGAGAAGAGCUAAGAUUAAUGUCAUUAGUUCUACCUGUGCUCUUCUUGACAUGUUCACUGUAAGGCAGAUCUCCUCAGCAUACCGAUCUUACUUGGUAACCCUUGGGAUGUUUGAAAGGAUUUUAUGAUUGCUGAUGGGUUAAAGCUAUGUUAGCAGAUCAGAUGAAAAUAAAAGAUAAAAAUGUCAGCAGUUACUGCUUUUGAUUACCACUGAUUUCUAAUUUGAAUUUCAUUUUCUUUUUUAAUAUUUUAGUUGGACAUUUAACAGGCAUGACACCCCAAAGGAAAAAAAAACCUUUACCCUCUUGCUGCUUAACUCAUGUCAUGAGUUUAUCUAUAAUCUCAGAGGCACACAUUUUAUGUGUUUUCUUAAGCCUCAUCUUAAUUUUCUUUCAUUUUUUUAAGCAGAUAGCACAAUGUUACUGAAGGAGCUAGUAAAAAAGUCAAAAUACAGAACAGUCAAAAUGCUUAAGAAAUAUCAACACCUGAGCAUAUCCAAAAGCGGUUGCAUGACUAAAGUCUCUUUGUGGCCAUGCCUGACUGUGGCCCGGUGUUACUCCUUAAUGCAUGAGUCCAUGUGUUUGGCAGACGCCAAAAUCCUUUUUUUUUUUUCCAAGAAGACACUAGAUGACUGACCGUAUGAUAGAGUCUUUGGUUUCACAAGUGUCAUGCUCAUUUGCUGAUAAAAAGAAUGGAACUCAUUUAGUUAGAAUCUCCACACAAACUACAAAAUAGAAGCCCUUUGGGACAUGGGGCAGCACAAAAAGGCAAUAGAGCAGAUUUAAUUUCUGAAGUAGAAACAAUGACACUCAAAGAUCAUCAUCAAAGAAAAAACACAGACAGGUUUUCUGUAACCUUUGGAUGAACACACCAAAGAGUUCUUCAUACCUACACAGUAUUGGAUAUUUUUUCGUAUUUACAGAGUAAAGCUAAUCUUACUUUUCACUACAGUUCUGCUAAUAAAUAUGGUCAUUUGCAUGGUUAACAUGACUGGUAUGACAGACUAUAGAUCUGUUUGAACAUAGCUGAUACAUGUGAUGUGUGCAGGCACUUAAAACCACUGAAACUGUUUAAUUUAAAAGACUUAUUCCUUACCAACACUGAAAAUUUUAUGUCAAAUCUAGCCUUAACUUCCUCAUGGUUGAUAAUUAGUUAAAAAAAUAUGGAACGAGGGUGGGAUGAUAUAUGCGAUUACAGCAAUGCAUAAUGGAAAGGAAAAGCUAACACUUACACCUACCAAUGAUGCAUCACUUGAAGCAAUCCUGUUCUAAUGAUCACUAAGCGUUGGCUGAUUGGAUUGUUUGUUUUUCUACAGUGAUAAGUUGACUGUCUUUCUCUAAACCCUUUGAUAUUUUUAACAAGCUUCAGCGCAACACACUUGCUUCAUUGCUCUACAUUCAUUUCUUGGGGGACAUAAUCUAGACUAUGACUGUUUACUCGGCUGUGCAGGAGCCAACUAAAGUCCCUUGUUAUAAGAGGGGGCGGGGAUUGCAGGUUUAACUAGCAGCAUCUGUUACUAUGGGAUUACAGGACAGAAUUCAGUGAAAGACAUGAUGUUAUUUGGACUUGCCAAACCCCUGUUGUUCACAAGGGCAUCAGUCAUUAAGCUAUAUAAUCAUCAGGAGAAGGGUGAGGAUUUCACUUUUUGAUCAGGCUGUUUAAUGAGGUGCUUACUUUGAAAUGAUCCACAAUCACACACAUAUAAAAAUGUUUUUUCCUCUGGCAUCCACAUUUACACAGUCUUGAUUGUGAUGCUUUAGAUGAGGUGGUGAACAUAAUUGACUAUUUCCAAAAUGGUGGACUCCUUGGCUAACAGUUGAGCUAUUGUGGUUUAAAGGUACAGUAGUCUUACCCUCCACGGACCUUAAAUGCUCCUUUAACUCCACUGUCCUCUCUCUCUGUCCUUAAUGUCCUCAGCUUUACUCAGCCAAAUCAGAUUUGUCAAGAUGUCAGCAUUGCCAAAAAUUAAGCAAGCAGUAUGUUUACAGAUUUGAGACGAGUUGUGCACCAACUUGUAUUUAAUAAGUUACAUUAAUUGAAUGAUAAUUGAUGUGCAUACUUUUACAUCUAACCAAUGUAUCCCACCCCUAAUUUUAGAAUCAGACCUUUUCUCUACUGACAAGUGCGAUGAUGACAUGGGGGACCUACAAAAGGAGGUGGAUGUCCCUGAGGGAUCCCCUGAGACUAUAAAAGAUGAAGAACACACUAAAAAGAAGCACAGAAGGAACCGCACCACCUUCACAACCUACCAGCUUCAUGAGCUGGAGCGAGCAUUUGAGAAGUCUCACUACCCUGACGUCUACAGCCGAGAGGAGUUGGCUAUGAAGGUCAAUUUGCCUGAGGUUCGAGUUCAGGUAAGGAGAAUGUGCUUGGUGUGCGAUUGGUAGCACAAUGGUCGUGCACUGAACUAAAAUCUUGAAUAUUAAUUUACGACCAGUGAUGAUAUUUCACAUUCCUCGGAUCCCUCUGCAAAAAAGAAGCUAAAGACAAGUUUAACAAAGACACCACUGUAAGGCGCACCACUGUAAGGCGCACCAGUUUAGUCCUUGCUCUCUCCCUAAUAUUUUUGUCCCCCUGAAAGAGACCUCUACAAAGCUGUUACAACUUCCAAAUCAUCCCAAUAAUGCCACUAGUACAGGCUCUGAAUGGGAACUAAAUCAGACUGUUUAAGACAUGAACCAUUUGCAAUGCCAAAUUCAUUUUAAGUGCACCACUUGUGAAAUUAUGUACUUAGACAUAACACAUAAAAUUACAACAAAGUCAUAUAUCAUGAUUUCUUUUUUUCCAGGUCUGGUUUCAAAACCGGAGGGCCAAGUGGAGACGUCAAGAAAAAAUGGACACCAGCACCAUGAAGCUACACGAUUCCCCUAUGCUAUCCUUCAAUCGUCCCCCCAUGCCUCCAAGCGUGGGGCCAGUGGCAAACCCAAUGCCACUAGAUCCAUGGCUGACCUCGCCCAUCUCCAGUGCCACACCUAUGCAUACUAUCCCUGGGUUCAUGGGUUCACCACAGGGCCUGCAGCCUGCCUAUUCAAGCCACAGCUUCCUGAACACUGCACCUGGGAUGGUUCAAGGUAUGCAGGCAAUCGGCCCUCCUCCCUACCAGUGCCCACCCAGCUUCAAUGAUAAAUACCCAAUGGAGGACGACAGGAGUUCCAGCAUUGCGGCACUCAGGAUGAAAGCCAAAGAGCACAUUCAGUCAAUGGAUAAAACCUGGCAGCACAUGUGA